CCCGGAGGUGGGUUGGGGGCUUGGCCUCUGCCCGGCCGCUGAGCCGGUGCGGGAGGUGGCAUCCAGAGGGGCUUCGCAAAACGAUCCAGUGCCGCGGCGGACCCCGGGCGGGGCCCAGGCCAGAGGUCCAGAAUGCUGAACAUCCCUUCCCAGGCUUUCCCUGCCCCCAGCUCGCAGCAGCGCGUCUCCUCCGGGGGGCGUAGCAAGGUUCCUUUAAAACAGGGCAGAAGUCUUAUGGAUUGGAUUCGACUGACCAAAAGUGGAAAGGACCUAACAGGACUAAAGGGCAGAUUGAUCGAAGUAACUGAAGAAGAACUUAAGAAACACAACAAAAAAGAGGAUUGUUGGAUAUGCAUAAGAGGGUUCGUUUAUAAUGUUACCCCUUACAUGGAAUAUCAUCCUGGGGGAGAAGAUGAGCUAAUGAGAGCAGCAGGAUCAGAUGGUACUGACCUUUUUGAUCAGGUUCACCGUUGGGUCAAUUAUGAAUCCAUGCUGAAAGAAUGCCUGGUUGGCAGAAUGGCGGUUAAACUUACCAUUCCUAAAGGCAUGCUUCCCAAGAGCCAAGUGACAGACACACCUGCCAAAGAAGGUCUUAGUUCUCCAAGCUAUGAUUGGUUCCAAACAGACUCUUUAGUCACCAUUGUUAUAUAUACUAAACAGAAGGAUAUCAAUUUAGACUCAGUAAUAGUUGAUCUUCAGGAUAAUUCCUUUAGAGCAGAAGCAACUAUCAAGGAUUAUUCAUAUCUAAUACAUAUUGGGCUAAGCCACGAGGUUCAGGAAGAUUUUUCUGUACGAGUUAUUGAGAAUGUAGGAAAAAUAGAGAUUGUCCUAAAGAAAAAAGAAGAUAUUUCUUGGAAAUUUCUUGGUCAUCUCCUGGAGAAUCAUAAUUCAUUUAUUCCAAAGAAAGACAGAGGUUUGUACUACAGAAAGUGCCAGUUAAUUUCCAAGGAAGAAGUUACUCAUGAUACGAAGCUUUUCUGUUUGAUGAUGCCACCAAGCACUCAUCUUCAGGUGCCAAUUGGGCAACAUGUUUACCUCAAGCUAACUAUUUCAGGUACAGAAAUAGUAAAGCCAUAUACACCUGUAUCUGAUUCCUUACUCUCAGAAUUUAAGGAACCAGUUCUUCCCAACAAUAAAUACAUCUACUUUUUAAUCAAAAUCUAUCCUGCUGGACUCUUCACACCAGGGCUUGAUCAUCUUCAGAUUGGAGAUUUUGUUUCUGUAAGCAGUCCUGAGGGCAACUUUGAAAUAUCCAAGUUUCAAGAAUUAGAAGAUCUCUUUUUGUUGGCAGCUGGAACAGGCUUCACACCAAUGGUUAAAAUAUUGAAUUAUGCUUUGCCUAAUAUACCCAGUCUCAGGAAAGUGAAGCUGAUGUUCUUCAAUAAAACAGAGGAGGAUAUAAUUUGGAGAAGCCAAUUGGAGAAAUUAGCAUUUAAAGAUAAAAGAUUCGAUGUUGAAUUUGUGCUCUCAGCGCCUACUUCUGAAUGGAAUGGCAAACAAGGACAUAUUUCACCAGCUCAUCUUUCUGAAUUUUUGAGAAGAAAUUCAGAAAAAUCCAAAGUCCUCAUCUGCAUUUGUGGACCAGUGCCAUUUAUAGAACAAGGAAUAAGGUUGCUGCACGAUCUUAACUUUUCCAAAGAGGAGAUUCAUAGUUUUACAGCAUAAUGAAGAACUGUCAUUGUUCUUUAUUCAACUAGUUUAUCUAAAUUUGUGACUGCUUAGGAUUUUUUUAAGAGGACAUUUUUGUAUAUUCUAAUAGGUUAACCAGACUCUAGGCUUAAGUUUCUUUAAUGAAAUAAAAUGUUCCUUCAGUAUA